AUGGCGACAGACGCAUCAUCACCACCCGACUCUGUGGUUCGCCAGCCUCAUCCGUACUUGCACGAGCCUCUGCUAUACAUCACUGGCCUUCCGCCUCACAUACGGGACGAGGAUCUGGCUGCAGCGUUCCAGACAUGCGCGCCAUUUAGGCCUCAGAUCCCGCGCGACCCAUCCGCCAAACUACUCUCGGGGACGAUUGAGUUCAAGUUCAUGGAGAAAGCGGAGAAGGCCCUUGCGACGCUGCAGUCGCGUCCGAUACCCGGUUUGCAGCCGCCAGUGCUCCUCGUGUUGUCGCCGUACCCGUCGACCACUCCGCCGACGCCGCUACCACCACCGUCUGCCUCACCACGCCUCGUGAAGCAUCUUCCGUCCGGCUACACCGACUCGCAGCUGUACGACGUGUUCCGUCCGUAUGGUGCGCUUGCCUCGGUGCGCGCGCAGGCGCCGUUCGGGAAGGACACGGGCGUGGUGGAGUUUUGGCGGGAGGAAGACGCGCGGGAUGCCGAGGAGGCUAUGCACUGCGCGGAAAUUGAGGGGCAAAACAUCGCGGUCCAGGUGUACCAGCCUCGUCGUGCGGGCGUGGGUGCAGCCAUGCCCGAGUUCAAUGUGGCCGCUCCGGCGUUCGUCCCGUCUGGUUCGGUCUUCCCGUACCCUACACAGUAUUCGCCACCGCGAACCUCCCCGUACCCUCAUCCGCGAUCGCCUGCCUUCGUGCAUGGGCCGGGGCAGCAGGUACAGCUAGCGCCCUUGUCUGGGCCUGGUUCAACUAGCCAUAGCGGGCUGAUCGAUCCAUGCAAUUUGUUCAUCAAAAAUCUCGAUACGACGAUCGAUUCUAAUGGUCUCUUCACCCAUUUCCGCCAGUUCGGACAAAUUGUCAGUGCACGCGUGAUGCGUAACGAGAAUGGCGAGAGCCGUGGCUUCGGCUUCGUGUCGUACCAGACUCCCGAUCAAUCUGCCGCAGCAAUGCAUGCUAUGAAUGGAAUGGCGCUUGGCAAUAAGCAGUUGGUGGUCCGUUUGCACGAGCCGAAGCAAUUGCGGCAAGAAAAGCUCGCACAACGCUUCGCAGGGCAUAAUGGGCAUCCCAGGAGCAGUAGUGGCGCGACGAGUCCUACUGCGAGUGAAGCCGGCGAAAGCUAUGCUGGUUGGCCCAGCCCUAGUCAACGUCCUUCUGCUCUGGGAUCGCCUAUCAUGGGUCAUACCGAUCGCCCUGACCGAGCCAGAAGAAGUUCUGGCAGCUACUUCCACGCUGCGCUGUCAGGAACUUUAAACCUACCUAUGCGGUAUGACGAUCUGUCGGCGCUCUCGCCAGUCGUCCGCAAAGAAGUCCUGUCAGGCGAGCUGAACAGACGAAUCAGGCAAAUGAACGCGGUGGAGCCAGAGCAGCUCGAUGCAGUCGUUGACUCGAUUGUUGCCCUCGCACUGAGCGACGUUGUACAAGGUAUCCAAGAUCCCACAAGGCUCAUGGAACAGGUAGAAGUGGUGAAGAACAACCUUAAUCGUUCAAAACGGUCGUCACCAGCCAAGUCACCUUCCCCUUCGGCCUCACAGGACUCGCAGGGCCAAGAUCUCGCACCCAAUGCAACGGCUUCGGCCCCUGACCACCCGUCGACCCCUCUUUCGAUGCCUGCAACAUUGUCUACGCCGCCACGCACCGAGUCGCCCUCUGGGUCUGUCGCGCCCGCGUCCGAACGAGACCGCAUGGCAGCCGCUGUUUCGAGACUGGAGUCGACACAAACUGCAGAGCUCACGGACCUUCUCAUGAGCCUGCCGAAGCGCGAACGCGCGCUGUGCUUAUUCAAUGUGGAAGUUCUGCGAGCGAAGAUCGCUGAUGCGAAGAUGGUGCUGGAGGUGGACGACUGCGACGAGGAGGAGCCGGCGAAGAUCCCGGAGCCGCCAGUGACGCCUCAGGCACGCAAGAUAUCGACGCCGCUCGACAUGUCGCCGCAGACGCCAGAUCUGUCCUCCCGCGGCCCGUCCACCAAUGCGUCACCCGCGCCCGCGACGCCAAGUCACUCGAUGACGACUACGGCGACCACGCACACGAUCGCGUCGCUCGCGCGCCUGCCCGCGGCAGAGAUCGUCAAGCUGGCGAGCUCGUCGUCGGCGACGGGGCUGCCUCUGCCCAAAGCGGAUCCUCUAGUCGUGAAGGCGACGGACGAAUUCAUGGAUAGUCUGCAGGACAAGCCGGUCCAGCAGCAGAAGCAGGCAUUGGGCGACAAGAUCUUCCGUAUGGUGAAGACUUAUGGUAUCAAGUCAGCGCCCAAGGUCACGAUUGCGCUUCUCGACGGAGAAGAGCUGCGUCCGUUGGCGCAUGUUCUCAACAGUUACCCAAGCGUGUUCAAAGAGAAGGCGUAUCUUGCCCAGGCUCGCGUGAGCAAAUAAUCGACCUGCAUUUUACACAUGGUCUCGCCUGCUUUGGGCUCGCCGCUUUAUCUCCUACUCACUCAUUCUGCUACUCCGUCCACGUUUUCGCACCAAUAUCGCAUCCAUACCGGUCUUCCGAAAGAAGACAUCUAUUCGUCCAUUACCUCACUUGACUCGGCAGGAGGGCUUUUCUCGUGAUCUCUACAUUAGCUUCAAAUCUCAUCUCAUUCCUUGCUUUCCACCAUUGUUACUUGGUCACGUUUUCCCCCACACAUCCUGUCGACAAAUCUCCUAGUUGAUUACGACUCUUCAUGACCUUGUCUUUUCCUUCCCAGUACGUACUCAGUCUUCGUGACAGGGGCUCUGGAGCUGUUCCCACCACAAUUUAUGUGUUCAGCCCCGUAAGGCCGGUCGAGAACAGGUUGAUUGAUAUGCCACCACGCCACGACGCAUCCACAGGGGUACUGAAUAUAGAUAUUGGUUAGAGCGG